UCCUUUCCACUUUUUAUCAGAACUGCAAAAUGCAGACGGUCCCUGCAGCCGACAUGACAGUUGAGCUGGAUGCAUUAAUAAAGUUUAUUGUAAUAAAGGCUCGUGCAGCUGUGUUAUUAAACUGUGUGAAAUAUGAUGCACGCGGUCUCUCUCCGUGUCAAACAAACAGCGGCUCGUGAGAGAAGCUGCAGCCGAUCAGAGCGCGUCAAAGCCGGGAUGCGUGUCAGCGCAGCUCCGUGUGUUUCCGGGUGGUGCGCGGCUGCUCCGGUCCAACAUCACCUGGUCCAGCCUCCCUCCUGCAUCCAUCCGUGCGUCCGUCCAUCCAUCCACAAACAACCCAACAACCAGUCUGAUCUAUAAUUGAUGUCUUAUCGCUGAGAGUCAAAGCGCGGAGAGGCAGCGAGCAGCGGAGUCAUGGCGGCGUCGCUUCUCUCCGAGACCGACAUCAGGCACCGGUCCAUGGCGGAGGAGGAUCCGAACGGGAACGAGCACGGGUCGGCUGCACGCAGCGCUGCGCCUCGCUGGGGUCCGCAGCACGCCGGGGCCCGGCAGCUGGCGAGGCUGUACUCUCCCGGUAAGCGGCUGCAGGAGUGGGUGUGUGUGAUUCUGUGCCUCUUCCUCUUCAUCAUCAACUUCUCCUUCCUCUUCCUGCACUUCUCCACCGUCCACAUCUACAAGAUCGUCCUCGGCAUCGUCCUCGGGAUAGUGACGGCAGAUUUCGCAUCGGGGAUGGUACACUGGGGGGCGGAUACCUGGGGAUCUGUGGACAUCCCUGUUAUUGGCAAGGCAUUUAUUCGUCCGUUCCGGGAGCACCACAUCGAUCCAACCGCCAUCACUCGCCACGACUUCAUCGAAACCAACGGCGACAACUGUAUGAUUCCCAUCCUGCCGCUGGCUUACAUGGCCUACAAGUUCCUCACGUACACACCAGAGGCCUUGGCGGCGUCCUAUCCGUGGGACUGUUAUGUCUUCGCCCUGGCGGUUUUCGUGACGCUGACCAAUCAGAUUCAUAAGUGGAGCCACUCCUACUUCGGGCUGCCGCGCUGGGUCACGCUGCUCCAGGACUGGCAUGUGGUGUUGCCACGGAAACACCACCGCAUCCACCAUGUCUCGCCACACGAGACGUAUUACUGCAUUACUACAGGUUGGUGUAACUAUCCUCUGGACCAGCUGGGCUUUUGGAGACGGAUGGAGCGAUUGAUCCAACGAAUCACAGGGCAGAAACCGCGAUCCGAUGACAUGGCGUGGGCCAAGAAGACCGACAGAUAAACACACAAACGGGGGUGGAUGGAUGGAUGGAUGGGUGGACGGAUGGGCGUGCAGAUGCAAACGCAUAGAAAUAGAGAUGGAUGGGGAACACACACACACACACACACACACACACACACACACACAUUUUACUCAUGUCCUUGUGCUUCUCGCUUCUUUGCUAAAGAGCAAACAUUCAAAGAAACUGUGUCGACGGUUCGAGUGUUUUCUGUGUUUGAACGUAGGAGGUGAACGCAUUGCAGCCGAUCAGCUUGUAGUCCUGUUUAACCAAUGAGGUGGUGGUGU